AUAUCGUGCUAUGGCUGUGGACUGUUUGAUAACCACUUCCGUUUUCCUCUCACUAUUCCACAUUUGCGUUUACCUUGAACGAUAGAAAGACAUUGUAGAAAGGUUUUUUUUUGUUUAAACUAACGUUGAGGAGGUCGACUGUUUGAGGAAUUUUAUGGAGCAAAAUAAUGGAGAUACUUCUAGCUGGGCGAUGCAGCGACGUAUGGAAGGUUUGGUCAACAAACAUAUGGCAGACAUAGCUCUAGAAACACUCCAGCAGAGACUUUCAGCUGUGUCCGACGAAAUGAACAAUCUUGCGGAACAUGUCUCGAGACGCUCGGAGGAUAUUCCCAAAGAUGAUAUUUCAAGACGACCUGAUGUCAACUUUGACGUUGAGUCCCUGAGUGCGACGUUUAGCACGGGUGGUGUUGGCGAAAAGUUGUUGAUGCCAGGUACCUCGUCAUCAGCAGAGACGGCUGCCCAGCGUAAGAUAAUCUCCUUGCUGGUGGAGAUCAAGGAGGAGCAGCAGAGACAGUGGGCAGUGUUGAGGGAGCUGCAGGCCAGGGUUCAGGGCCAGAGCUUUACGGAGGUAGAAGAGGAGGUGGAGGCUCUAGACAUCGACAUCCCGCUGAGGACCAUGGAGCAGCUAGAUGACACAGAGAGGCACCUGGAGGAUGCCGGAGCACAGAAGAGAAUGGUGUCUCACCUGUCACGGAUGGGCGGGGCCACAGUGGAUGAUGCAGUGCGAAGGCUCAUGCAGGCUGUGCUGUCUUUCGCUGUGGGCUCUGAGCUCAACUGGGUGGGCCGCGGCCAGAAAAGGAGCUUCAGAAACACCCGCCUCCAAGGGGUUCUCUUCCGUGCUCUGAAAAGAACCCCUGUGGGCAAAGAGGCCACACAUCAUCAGUUUGCAGACGUGGUGAAGAAAUGGCUGCGGUACACCCCGUUCAGACAGGGAGGGAGUGGUCGACGGCUUUACAAACCGCCUGUCGAGUUCCUGUGUCCAAAUGAAUGUGUAGGUCUGCCUACACAUCUGCCUACACAUCCACAGUAACGCUCAAUCAGCUUACCGUAAAACUUCAAUUACAUAGCCCGGGCAUUUAUUUGCUUAAAUCACUGAACACAACAGGUGCUUAUUAGAGACAGGCAUUUAUUUCCUUAAUGCAUAUUUUUUUGUUUUUUUUUAACCUUUUAUUUAACUACGCAAAUAAUUUUUACAAUGACGGCCUACCCCGGCCAAACCCGGACGACGCUGGGCCAAUUGUGCUCCGCCCUAUCACAUCACGACCGGAUGUGAUACAGCCUGGAAUCGAACCAGGGACUGUAGUGAUGCCUCUUGCACUGAGAUGCAGUGCCUUAAACCGCUGCGCCACUCGGGAUCCCAACUAGCAGUUUCUUAUUUACAUAGUUAAUUGUUUAAUUUCAGCAUUAAUUUCCAUUUCCCGCACUGUUAUCAUUUGCACAUGUUUUUUUUUGCCUUUUUUUGGGAGGGGGACUUUUUUCUUUGACAGAAUACAGUCGUGGCCAUAAGUUAAUGACACAAAUAUUAAUUUCCACAAAGUUUGCUGCUUCAGUGUCUUUAAAUAUUUUUUGUCAGAUGUUACUAUGGAAUACUGGAAUACUGAAGUAUAAUUACAAGCAUUUCAUAAGUGUCAAAGGCUUUUAUUGACAAUUACAUGAAGUUGAUGCAAAGAGUCAAUAUUUGCAGUGUUGACCCUUCUUUUUCAAGACCUCUGCAAUUCGCCCUGGCAUGCUGUCAAUUAACUUCUGGGCCAUAUCCUGACUGAUGGCAGCCCAUUCUUGCAUAAUCAAUGCUUGGAGUUUGUCAGAAUUUGUGUGGUUUUGUUUGUCUACCCGCCUCUUGAGGAUUGACCACAAGUUCUCAAUGGGAUUAAGGUUUGUUUCCUGGCCAUGGACCCAAAAUAUCGAUGUUUUGUUCCCCGAGCCACUUAGUUAUCCCUUUUUCCUUAUGGCAAGGUGCUCCAUCAUGCUGGAAAAGGCAUUGUUCAUCACCAAACUGUUCCUGGAUGGCUGGGAGAAGUUGCUCUCUGAGGAUGUGUUGGUACCAUUCUUUAUUCAUGGCUGUGUUCGUAGGCAUAAUUGUGAGUGAGCCCACUCCCUUGGCUGAGAAGCAACCCCACACAUGAGUGGUCCCAGGAUGCUUUACUGUUGGCAUGACACAGGACUGAUGGUAGCGCUCACCUUGUCUUCUCCGGACAAGCUUUUUUUCCAGAUGCCCCAAACAAUCGGAAAGGGGAUACAUCAGAGAAAAUGACUUUACCCCAGUCCUCAGCAGUCCAAUCCCUGUACCUUUUGCAGAAUAUCCAUCUGUCCCUGAUGUUUUUCCUGGAGAGAAGUGGCUUCUUUGCUGCCCUUCUGGACAACAGGCAAUCCUCCAAAAGUCUUCGCCUCACUGUGCGUGCAGAUGCACACACACCUGCCUGCUGCUGAUACUGGUGGUACCCCGAUCCUGCAGCUGAAUCAACUUUAGGAGACGGUCCUGGUGCUCGCUGGACUUUCUUGGGCACCCUGAAGCCUUCUUCACAACAAUUGAACCGCUCUCCUUGAAGUUCUUGAUGAUCCGAUAAAUGGUUGAUUUAGGUGUAAUCUUACUGGCAGCAAUAUCCUUGCCUGUGAAGCCCUUUUUGUGCAAAGCAAUGAUGACGGCACGUGUUUCCUUGCAGGUAACGCACGGUUGACAGAGGAAGAACAAUGAUUCCAAGCACCACCCUCCUUUUGAAGCUUCCAGUCUGUUUUUCUCACUCAAUCAGCAUGACAGGGUAAUCUCCAGCCUUGUCCUCCUCAAGACUCAUACCUGUGUUAAUGAGAGAAUCACUGACAUGAUGUCAGCGGGUCCUUUUGUGGCAGAGCUGAAAUGUAAUGAAUUUGUUUGUGGGGAUUCAGUUCAUUGCAUGGCAAAGAGGGACUUUGCAGUUAAUUUCUAUUCAUCUGAUCACUAACAUUCUGGAGUAUAUGCAAAUUGCCAUCAUACAAACUGAGGCAGCAGACUUUGUAAAUGUAAUAUUUGUGUCAUUCUCAAAACUUUUGGCCACGACUAAUUGUUCUCUGAUUGCAUAUUCAGUUCUUACGUUCGCCACUAGAGGGCAAUCAAUAUUUCUGGAGGUCUACUCCUGAAGUUGACUGUUUUUGUGCUUGCCCGUUAGCUUGCAGCUGUUUCUUACCAGCGAUAAAAAUGUAUGAUUACCAUUUUUAAAAGUCAUUAAAGAAUGAUGUAAUGUAACAAAUCCAACAAACCCUCAAAUAUUUAUGGUAACUUCCAUAAACAAUUAUAUUUAAACCCAGUGUUUAUUUUAAACAGGUUUAUUUGCUGAAAUAUGUCUUUGCCCUGCUAUUUAAAGGGACAGGCGGCUAUUUGAGACUCAGCUUUUAAUUGAAGAUUUACGGUAUUCAAAUAUAUUCCAGUGUUUUAAAAUUGAUGUAUUUCUCUAAGUUUGUUACAUUCCGUAAAAUAAGACAUAAAUGAUACAUGUAGGUUGGGCCCAUAUUACUUCAUACAGGGCCGAACCUGUGAUCUUUGUAACUUGGACCCCUGCAUGAAUCAUGCAUUGAUAUAAAUUGAGGAUUUCUACUCAAAGUCCAGUUUAUCACACAGUUCUCAAGAUUCUGCCCACACUGCACAGUCUCCAAUAGACACACCCCAUGAAGCUCCUCACCAUCACAGAUAUGUCCGGUAUGGUGUGCUAUCCUUGUUAAUACCUGUGUAAUUAAUUCAAACCAAAUAUGCUGCAAAACCUGUUGAUAAAAGUUGUAUUGCAUUUAAUGCUUUGAAGGUACUGAUUAGUAAGCUUUCCUGCAGAUUUUGUCUAAUUAUUGUAAUGAGAGUAUUGGCAAAUAUAUAGUUAACCCAAUUGGCCUGCAUGGCUCAUAAUAUGCCGUGGACAUUACAGUUUGAAGUGGGCAUGUGUUUUCAUCCUCAUGAAAACUCAGGCUUCCAGGUUAUUCAAAUCACCACCUUUCUGCACAUUGUCACUCAGUGUUAUGAUUGAAUAUCAGAGACGCGAAAGCAAUUUACUAUAUGUUAGUCAUAUAAAUGUCCAUAUAAGCUUUCUUGUAACAGACAUAAUACAUUGUAAAUGUCCAUAAAUACAUUUUUGAAAAUA